UUUGUCUCUCAUACACGUUAUACGCCAUCUUGAAAACACCAGCAGUUUGGUAAGUCGCUCUCAAAUUAAUAAACGGGAAAAACACAACGACACUUUAUUUCGCAACUUAAGUGUCCGUUAUGAACGGUUCACGAAACAAACCGGCACCGACAGUCAAUAAGAGUCAGACAGAGAAAGAGUCCGGAUCGGAGGCGAGGGAAAGAAAGACCGGUGGAGGAAUGCUGAAGAAACUGAAGUCAAGGCGCAGUCAGCCGGACAAGUGGCCUGUGGUCACCGAGGAUGAACUGCGGGCUAUGGGGAAAGAUAUUACCCCGGACAAUGUCCUGGGUCUCCGGGCAGUCACGGAGGACUAUCUUUGCAAACCUGAAGACAAUAUCUUCAACAUUGACUUCACACGUUUCAAAAUCCGGGAUCUGGAAACAGGAACGGUGCUGUUUGAGAUUGCCAAACCUCCUAACAGCGGUCCUCUGGACGGGGAAGAGGAGAGUGGGGAUGUAGACACCAGUGCAGGGCGUUUUGUGCGAUAUCAGUUUACACCGGCCUUCCUGAAACUGUGCACGGUUGGUGCAACUGUUGAAUUCACCGUGGGAGACAGGCCUAUCAACAGCUUCCGUAUGAUUGAGAGGCAUUACUUCCAGGGACGCCUUCUAAAGAACUUUGACUUUGACUUUGGCUUUUGCAUUCCCAACAGCCGCAACACAUGUGAACACAUUUAUGAGUUUCCACAGCUUCCAGACGACCUCAUUCGCCUAAUGGUGGCGCACCCUUACGAGACCAGAUCGGACAGUUUCUACUUUGUGGACAACAAACUCAUCAUGCACAACAAGGCAGACUAUGCCUACAACGGUGGCCUGUAAUACCUGAAGGAGGGAAAUAUUGCAUUCACUGCAUUACAACCAUCCAAAAGCUUUUUUUUGAGGGGGGGUGCAGAAGUCAUAUUUCCUUUGGUAUCAUUCCUCCAAGCGUGACAACAUUCUUCACAAUGGACCACACCUGCCUCCGUACAAAAUCAUGGAUCCAUUCAUCAGUACCUCAUUGACCUCUGUUUCUGGGACUCCGAGGAAUGUUCUGUCAAAAAGCUUUUUUGGCAAAUCUGACUCAAACUCUUUUUGCUCUGUCUUUUGAUUUGUCAUUCAAAUAUCAUGUAACAUUCUUGCCUUAAGUUUUUUGCCGUCUCUGCUGGAAAGGGACACUUUGAGUCACAGACCUGUCAUGGAGAAGCCUUUAGGUUGUGUCAGUUAUAAAUCCAUUUGCUUUAGUAUAUAGAUGUUAUCAAUUGAUGUUUAUUUGAACUACAAAGCAGCAAUUGUGUUUCCCAUAUGGAAAAACGAGCAUUAACUAGAUGUUUUCCAGUAUUGUUAGUCAAGGAUGAUUAUAUAGCACUAUGUGAUAUUGUUUGAGUUUCGUUCUUGCUUAAAUGUCUCCUAUCAGUCGAGAGCCACCUUGACCGUUUAUGUCAGAUAUUUAAGAUAGAUGUUAGUUUUAUGAGGUACUAAUGUACCUGUACCUGUAUUGGUUGACCAAUCUCGUCUUAAGGAGAAGUUUUUUUUUUGGUUCAAGAUAAGCAUGAGCUCUUUUCAUGAUGUUGGGUGUAAUAUUCACCCUCCUAAAAUCUGUUAAAGUUUGGAAUCUACUGUUUGUUAUAUCAAACUCUGUGAACUAGAAAAUACAAAAAGGUAAAGAUAUCAGCAGAAUCUGAGUUACUAGACUUGCUAUACAUGCCAUCCAUGUCUAAAACAGCACUGAAAAAAAUGUGCAAAGGUUACUUCAAUACAUUUAUUAUGUCAACAGGUUCCACAUAAUUGUAUUAGGUUAAUUGAAUAUGGAAUAAUAGGUUCAACUUAAUACUAUUGCUUUCAACUAACCAAAUACAAUUCUGUGGAACUUGUUCACAUAAUACAUUUAAUUAAACUACAUUUCUUUCAGUGAGUUUGGUCUUCCCACGUUAUCCACUCAUACACGUUUUUAAUACCUUGAUGUCUGUCUUCCUGGUUUAUUUGGCACAAUAGUACUAUAAAUCCAACUAUUUUUGAGCAGAAUAUGAGCAGUGUGUUAUGCCUUUUUAAACAGGUCGCUGAGUGUAUCUUCUGCUGCUCUGAGCUCAGGUUCUCAAUCUACUAAUGAUAUAAAGCACAAAGCAGGACAAUACAGAGUUAUGUUCCUUGGUAGUUGAUCUUUCUUUAAUAAGGCGGUAGGACAGACACAGUAGUUGACCUGUUUUAAGGACGAUACCGGUAGUUUUGCAUAUUGCUGGCCAUUCACUACAAAUGGUGUAAUGUGUAUUAGUUACAACUGUACAGUGUCAUUGAAUUUGCACAACAACCCUGCAAUUAAUCCUAUCUUAGCUGUUUUCAUUUGCAAUUAGAGCUGAAACUUCCCGUUCCUUUUUGUUAAUUAUUUUCUCGAUGAAUUGGUAAGUUGUUUUGCAAAAAUAUUGCUGUGAUUAGCUAGUUCCAUUUUUUUCUUUCCUUUUUGAACAGACAGUCAUGGGUAUUACUGAAAUGCAGACAAUAACACCUUGCAAAAUGUAACGUUGCUUUAAUUUUAUUAUGCAAUGCUUUUAAAUCAUGCAAAACCACCUGAACAGUCUGGAAUUAAUUUCCAAAACUCAAAAGAUCCUCUUAAUGUACUCUGUAACGUGACUCCAUGUGCCUUAUAUCCAGGUGUUCAUUGUUAGGUUGUUUGUUAUUUAAGGAAACGUUGUACAUCAUCCGCCUGUAAGGCAACAGCUGCAUCAAGCUGAAGGAAAGAUAAUUCAACUCUGACUUCUUGCAGUAUACUGCCUUUUGUAAAACAGGUGUCUUACAGCCUGUGUUGAGUCAUUUUGUAUAAUCUUAUUUCAUCUUGGGGAUUUUAAAGUUUGAAGCAUCAAUGACAACUCAUAUUCCCAUUAAUAAGUCAAAGAAGUGUUAUAUCAGGCACACACUUUAAACACGUUUUGACCAGACACCACCUCCAUUUAUUUGACAAUUGAACUCAAUGGAUGUAUUUCAGUUGGUCUAGUGGUUAGCAGCACUGAUGUUGCUAUGCCAUACAGUAUCAGUCAGUGGUAUUUUGCUGUAAAAUCUGAAAAUGAAAUUUGUUUUUUUCUUUAGACUUUCUGGAUCAAAUCUGUAACCUGUUGCAUAGACCCCUCCUUUUAUAUUGUCUCAUUUUACAAGUGAAAAACUCAUGUUCAUUCAGAUUUAUUGUAAAUAAAAAAUUAGACUAAAAAUCAUUGAUGAGCUGGUGCUUAUUUUAAGUAGAUUAUCAGGGAGUUUGGGAAACUUUUGUCUGUGUUUAUCUAGAUUAAAUCCGAUGUAUUGGCACCUUAUGAAAAUACAACAAAUUAUACCGACAUUCUGAAAUCCUGUAUCAUUUGUAAAAGUUGUAAACAUCAUAUUGGAAAAGUCAUGAAUAUUACUCAUAGUCUUAAAAUGAAUGUCAGAAAUUGAAACUGGGAAAUAUGUGACAUUGCUUUCACUUUUUAUGGAAUGAACAUUAUUGCACAGCUCUUGAUUUUGUCUCUGUAAAUAUAAUAAAGAAAUCGCAUUGA